UGUGACACCAUGCAAUCGUCCACCAGACCUUGACACUGCCAGAACACCCUCAUACAGUUUCACCAUGCCAUAACAUCACAUUUCUUUCAUUCUAUAGCCCACCAUGAUCGCAUCACUGUUAGUGACUUUACACACGUACACAUCGGCGAAGAGCGAGCUGCCUAAACACUUGAACCUGGCCAUCAGCGGUUUCUCUGCCUAGAACCGCGCGGCUGACAACGGAACGGUUGCAAUCGAAAGCAGCUCGUAGUCCAGUAGUCACCUGUUCUGCAAGCGCGUAGAAUCAAAGACAUCUCACUAUUUUUCCAGAUGUCCCGGGCCAGCCCGCUGACCACACUGGGCCUUAUCAAAGCUACGUUAUCCCUCUUAAUUUUGGUCUCAAUCGAAGACUUAGUCGACGUAACCGUAGCAUGCCCCCACACAAACGUACGUGCGGUAUCUUGCGGUAUCGCUCGGGAGCAAGCAAGGAAGCUCUAUUGCGAUACGCGUGCCCCAGAUCCCAGAUCCCUGUAGUCUCUUGCUGUGAUUUCCGCACUCCAAACAAUAGGCGAAUCCGGCCUCUUUUGACAAAGCACCAUCAAAGAGGCAUCAAAGCCAAUCAGACAGAAGACCAGACGAGAAGGGGCAAAUAAAUUGAUCUGCAAUACUAUGUGGAUAACCAGCCAACGACGUGCGAGUUUGGACAUUGAAUGCUGUGUCAUAUAAGAAUGUGGUGCAUUUUCCGGAACGCAUAGUACGUAGCUUGCAGCGAGCAUGUCAACCGCAUCUGGGAUCCCGUUGGACACGGCGGCCAUUGCAUCAACGGUGUUGGAGGGUAUUCUCUAUGGAUUCUCUGUACUUAUGUAUGUUGGCACCAUCUGGUCUCUAACCAACGGUCGCAAGAAACACGACGUAAACAUGAAGAUGGUGGCCAUUGCCAGUGCCUUGCUCGUUCUCAGCACAGUCCAUAUGAUUAUGGACAUUAUACGUGUGGAAGAAGGUCUUGUGCAGUAUCGCGAUACCUUCCCUGGUGGACCUAACGGAUUCUUCGCGGAUGUCGCUCAGUGGAGUUUCGUCUACAAGAACGUCAUCUAUACCCUACAAACACUCCUUGGUGACGGUGUCGUUAUUUAUCGCUGCUAUGUUGUCUGGCAGUCUGCAUACAUCAUCAUAUUCCCCAUGAUCAUGUGGUGCUCCGUCGCUACUACCGGCAUAGGCUGCGUGUACACGCUCUCAAAGGCGACUACCGACUCCAACAACAUUUUCUCUAAAGAAACAGGCCAAUGGAUUACAGCAUACUACGCCUCCACGCUCGCUACGAAUCUCAUAGGCACCAUUCUUCUGGCCUUCCGCAUUUGGUCCGUUGACCGUAACGUUUCGAAUCUCCGCUCGAGACGGUCGUCGUUGGGCCCGCUGCUGCUCAUCAUCAUUGAUGCGGGUGUUUUAUAUUCCGUCACUCUCUUAGGCGCACUCGUAUGCUUCGUUUCCGCCAACCGUGGACAAUAUGUUCUGCUUGAUAUGAUUAUGCCUAUCAUCUCCAUCGCUUUCUACAUGGUUAUCAUCCGUGUUGGCAUUUCAAAAAGGCACGGUGGGCUGCACAGCACGACCGGGCGGAGUGCGAGCCACAGCCAGAUGUUGCAGGAUCAACAACAAUACUCAAUGAAGCGCGUUCAGGUGCACAUCACCAAGCUCACGGAGACGAACGAGGACGGAACGCCAUUCACGAACGACGAUUUAUCGGGUUCGCGGAAGAUGCAGAGCUACGAUGAGGUGUAGACCUGUAUGUGUAUAUACCUGGAAAGCUCGCUGUGGCGUGCGGCCAUAUGGGGAAAUGGAGAUCAUUGAGCGAGGACUCGCGUCCGUUCCGUUCCUUACACGCAGGCACGUUCCGUCCCCCUUGUAAUAGACUUAUUGUUAUUUCCUGGAUUUUUUUGUUUGUUUGUUUCAUCAAAAUCGGUGUCGCUCUGGAGGAUGAGGGUGAUUCGUAUAUCCCCCGUGUAUUAUGGCUAAUAUUAUUACGACAAAAUGAUAUUAGGUUCAAGUUUCACUUUGC